AUGUCCGGAGGCAGCAGCUGCAGCCAGACCCCAAGCCGGGCCAUCCCUGCCACUCAACGGGUGGUUCUGGGCGAGGGUGUGCAGAUGCCGCCCGGGGACUACAGCACCACCCCCGGUGGCACACUCUUCAGCACCACCCCGGGAGGUACCAGGAUCAUCUAUGACCGGAAAUUCCUGAUGGAGUGUCGGAACUCACCUGUGGCCAAAACACCUCCCCGGGACCUGCCCACUAUUCCUGGCAUCACCAGCCCGGCCAGUGAGAAGCCCCCCAUGGAAGCCAGGCGGAGCCUCCCACGCAACAGUCCAGAAAACAACCAGCCGGCGGGUGGUGAAGAGUCCCAGUUUGAGAUGGACAUUUAAAGGACCAGCC